AUGGCGAAGAAAGGUAAGGCUGGGGGACAAAACCCACAAGCAGUCCCAAACAGAGAUAUAAUACAGCGCAUGAAUUUCUUAUACCAAGCAAGCUCUUAUCUCAAUUCCAUUUCCUCUCACUCAACAGACAGUGAUGAGACGACGCCUACUCGGAUCCAGUCAGGAGAUAUUUCCUCGAAGUAUAUCGAGAUGAUGAAGACGGUUGGCCAGAAAACCUUGGUUAAAAUAGAUCCGACAGUGAAACGGACAUUGUGUAAAGGAUGUGAUACUGUGCUCCAACCAGGAAUAAACACAUCCGUCAGGAUAAACAGGCCACCAUCGCACGGACAUGCCGUCACCUACACAUGCAAUCGCUGUAAAACAUCACGGCGUAUACCAGCACCCCCGACAGUGCAGCAAAGCGAAACCGCAGUAGCUCCACCGGAAUACCACCCCGAAUCUGGCGAUAUCAUCAUGGGGCCCACGACUGUUCGUCCGCCCCGUAAAUUGAAAGGAGUUCGGCCGAGGCAACCGCCUCUAUUCGCUCGACCGGGACACGUUAUUUUUCGAGGGAACGAGGUAGUGGAUGAAACAAAUCAACAGAGCGUUUUCGCUGCAUGA